CUGGCUGGAUUAGGGCUCAGAGUUGCACUGAGUGUGGCAGAGGCGGCGCGGCGAGAGUGGAGUGCGCGCGCUCAGGGAAACAGAGGGACAGAUUGACUCAGUCCGCCGGGCAGCAGAGAGGUCCGACCUGCAAGUCUUCUUUUCCUCCCACUUCCCCGGCACCUGCCCGGAGCAAGCGCCUGUGGCUGCCGGUCCGCGAUUUCGGAGAGUGCCUGGAGAGCCCGCGGCCCGGGCGCGGCUGACAGCGGAGAGCGGCGGGAAGUUUCCCGGCCCGGCGCCCGGGGACGAGUGGCCCCGCGGCCCGGAGCGAACUUUUGCGGAGCUGAGCUCGGAGCUGAGAAGGGCCGCGCAGAAGGGAUCGUCCCGGAGGCGCCCGCGAGCGGCCACUGCCCCGGGAGGAGCCGGCGCCCGGCACCCCGCGCCCACGGGUGGGAGGCGGCGCGGCCGGGCCCGACUUUCCCGCCGCCCGCCCGAGCGCUGCCGGGCCGACUCGCGCGGAGGCCCGGGCUUUCUAUGAGCGCGAAGAUGGAGACGACCUUCUACGACGACGCCCUGAGCGCCUCGUUCCUGCCGUCCGACGGCGGCGCCUACGGCUACGGCAACCCCAAGGCGCUGAAGCAGAGCCUGACCCUGAACCUGGCCGACCCGGCGGGCAGCCUGAAGCCGCACCUGCGCGCCAAGAGCGCCGACCUGCUCACCUCGCCCGACGUGGGGCUGCUCAAGUUGGCGUCGCCCGAGCUUGAGCGCCUGAUCAUCCAGUCCAGCAACGGGCACAUCACCACCACGCCGACGCCCACGCAGUUCCUGUGCCCCAAGAACGUGACCGACGAGCAGGAGGGCUUCGCCGAGGGCUUCGUGCGCGCGCUGGCCGAGCUGCACAGCCAGAACACGCUGCCCAGCGCCGCGGCGGCCGCGCAGCCUGUGAGUGCGGCGGGCGGCGGCGGCGGCGGGGGUGGCGGCGGCUUUGGGCUGCACAGCGAGCCGCCCGUCUACGCCAACCUCAGCAGCUUCAACCCCGGCGCGCUGGGCGGCGGCGGUGGCGGCGGGGCGCCCUCCUAUGGCGCGGCCGGCCUGGCCUUCCCCGCGCAGCCCCAGCCUCAGCCGCAACCGCACCCCCUGCCCCAGCAGCUCCCUGUGCAGCACCCGCGGCUGCAAGCCCUGAAGGAGGAGCCGCAGACGGUGCCCGAGAUGCCCGGCGAGACGCCGCCGCUGUCCCCCAUCGACAUGGAGUCCCAGGAGCGCAUCAAGGCCGAGAGGAAGCGCAUGAGGAACCGCAUCGCCGCCUCCAAGUGCAGGAAGAGGAAGCUCGAAAGGAUCGCCCGGCUGGAGGAAAAAGUGAAGACCUUGAAAGCGCAGAACUCGGAGCUGGCGUCCACAGCCAACAUGCUCAGGGAGCAGGUGGCGCAGCUUAAACAGAAAGUCAUGAACCACGUAAACAGCGGGUGCCAACUCAUGCUAACGCAGCAGUUGCAAACAUUCUGAGGAGAGACUGCUGCGGCUGAGAGCGGAGGAGAAACAAAGUAACACAGACUGACUUGAGAACUUGACAGCUUGCGACCGAGAAAAAGAAGCGUCCGGGGACUGAGGCCAAGGGUAUCCAAGUUGGACUGGUUGCCUGACGGCGCCCCCAGCGGGCUUGAGUGGGAAGGACUUGGCGGGGAGCCCUGGAGCAGCCGCCCGCGGGCUGCCCCCUCUGCGGACGACGGGCUGUCCCCGCGCGAACAGGGCGAGGGACUCUUCUUCAACAUUGACCAAGAACUGCAUGGACCUAACAUUCGAUCUCAUUCAGUAUUAAACGGGGGGCGGGGGGUUCCAAACUGCUCUAGAGACUAGCUUGCUUCCGUAGUGCUCCUUAAGAACAAAAGGGGAGGGGGCGGAGGGAGGGAGGGUGUGAGGGCCAGGCUGAGCCUGCCUGCAGGUGAACUCUUUCUGGCCUGCCUUCCUCAACUGUUUAUGUACAUAUAUAUAUUUUUUAAUUUGAUAAAAGCUGAUUACUGUCAAUAAAACAGCUUCCUGCCUUUGUAAGUUAUUUCAUGUUUGUGUGUCCUGCCCAGUGUUGUUUGUAAAUAAGAGAUUUGGAGUACUCUGAGUUUACCAUUUGUAAUAAAGUAUAUAAUUUUUUUAUGUU